AUGAGGGAAAGCAUGGAGCAACAAUGUUGAGGUUUGCUCUUGCCCUCUUUGCUGUUAUAACGUCAUCUACCUGCAAAAAGUACAGCUGUCUGGAUGGGGAAACUCACAAACUCAAAUAUAGUGGUAAAGAAAAUCCUUAUUGCACGAUCUUUGUUUCAUUCCUAACAGCUUCCUGUUGCUAUGCAAACUUCACAGAGCAAUUGGCUCAUUCCCCAGUAAUUAAAAUAAACAACAGCUACUGGAACAGAUGUGGGCAGCUCAGUAAAUCCUGUGAAGAUUUCACAAAGAAAAUUGAGUGCUUUUACCGGUGUUCUCCCCACGCCGCUCGCUGGAUCCAUCCCAACUACAGUGCUGCUAUUCGGUCUGUCCCGUUGUGUCAAAGCUUCUGUGAUGACUGGUAUGAAGCCUGCAAAGAUGAUUCCAUAUGUGUUCGUAACUGGCUGACCGACUGGGAAUGGGACGAAAGUGGAGUAAACCACUGUAAGAAUAAAUGCGUCCCAUACAGUGAGGUGUAUGCAAAUGGAACCGACAUGUGCCAGAGUAUGUGGGGGGAGUCAUUUAAGGUGAGCGAAUCCUCCUGCCUCUGCUUGCAAAUGAACAAGAAGGACAUGAUGGCAAUCAAGUACCUCCUCUCCGAAAGCUCGGAGGAAAGCUCCAGUGUGAGCAGCAGUGAGGAACGGGCCUGCCAAAGGAAACUCCUCAAGUUGGAGAAACUAAAGGAAGAGGAAGGGGAAGAGACAAGAUGAAUGUUGGUGGAUGUGUGUCAGGAGGAGAUAAAUGUUUAUGGAGGCUGGGCUCAGUGCACCGUGCCAGCCUGCCUUAUCCCUUAUUUCUGAAAACAUAAUAAAUCACUGGUUGGUUAUA